AUGGAUUCUAAACCGCUAAACAAAGAUUCUAUGCAAUCAACAUGGCGCACAGCCCCUCGUAGCGAAUGGAACAUCAACCAUUACAUGCUAGAUGUGCUCAACGCCCACCCCAUCGACAUAAACAAGGAGAUACCAGUGCACAGCAAAGAUGAGAAAGUGCCAUACAUGCCCCAGUGGUAUCUCCACCGCUGGGUUGUCUUCUACUCCGCCCUCCCCCUCCUGCUCCACGAGACCUACAUGGCAUUCACUGGCCAUACCAUAGGCCCAAUCACCGCCUUCAACUUCUACUUCUUCGCCUUCAACGCAACAGUGAUCUACCAAGUGCACAUCCUCCGCCGUCUCGGCCACAAAUAUGGCUUUCUAGACGGCGACAAGCACGAACGUGACGGCGUUCCCGACGUCGGUGUCGGCAAAGUAGUAGCCUCCCUAUACAAAACUACCGGAUCCCGAUUGAUCCUCUCCAUCAUCCUCUCCUACAACAAAACCCAAAAACCAUCGCAGAUGUCCUGGGCCUGGCUUCCUCUCGAAAUCGGACUAUACGGCAUCGUCCUCGACUUCUGGUUCUACUGGUACCAUCGACUGAUGCACGACGUCAGCUAUCUAUGGAAAUACCACCGAACCCACCACCUAACUAAACACCCGAAUCCGCUCCUCGCCGCGUACGCAGACCACGAGCAGGAAUUCUUCGAUAUGGUCGGUGUACCAAUCAUGACGUACUUUAGUUUGAAACUGAUGGGUUUGCCGAUGGGAUUCUAUGAAUGGUGGAUUUGCCAUGAAUACGUUGCGUUUGCAGAAGUGUUUGGCCAUAGCGGACUGCGGAUGCAUUUAACUGUGCCGUCGACAAUGAGCUGGUUGCUGCAGAUGUUUAGUGCGGAGAUUGUUAUCGAAGACCAUGACUUGCAUCAUCGGAAGGGGUGGCGGAAGAGUCAUAACUAUGGUAAGCAGACGAGGCUGUGGGAUCGGAUUUUUGGGACUUGCACAGAGCGCAUUGAAUCUUUGGAGGGGAAUGUGGAUUAUGAAAAUACGGCCGAGAUGCCUUUGUUCUAG